GAGUCCACAUCGGAGUAACCAAGGAUAUAUCGAAUAUAUCACCAAAAUACCACAAACCAAUACCAAUCUAAUUCGAAAAGCAUAUAGUCCAAGGACAUCCGUGCUUAGUGCCAAGUGCCUAGUGAAUAUAAAUUUGUGAACAAGUUUUUAUAAAAUCGCCAAAAUUACGCCCCACAUCGGUAUGCAGUCGCCAUCGGAGGGUUCGCCAGACAUGAUGGAUCAGAAAUACAACAGCGUGCGUCUUUCGCCGGCGGCAUCGAGCCGCAUUCUGUACCAUGUGCCCUGCAAGGUCUGCAGAGAUCACAGCUCCGGCAAGCACUACGGCAUCUAUGCCUGUGAUGGCUGCGCUGGAUUCUUCAAGAGGAGCAUUCGUCGUUCCCGGCAAUAUGUCUGCAAGUCCCAGAAACAGGGACUCUGCGUGGUGGACAAGACCCACAGGAACCAAUGCCGGGCCUGCCGGUUGAGGAAGUGCUUCGAAGUGGGCAUGAACAAGGAUGCCGUUCAGCACGAGCGGGGACCUAGGAACUCCACUUUGCGUCGGCAUAUGGCCAUGUACAAGGACGCCAUGAUGGGUGCCGGCGAGAUGCCUCAAAUACCCGCCGAGAUCCUGAUGAACACGGCUGCCUUGACUGGCUUCCCUGGAGUACCAAUGCCCAUGCCUGGAUUGCCCCAGAGGCCCCAUCAUCCUGGCCAUAUGGCCGGCUUCCAGCCUCCGCCAUCGGCUGCCGCUGUCUUGGAUUUAUCCGUGCCACGAGUACCACACCACCCGGUCCAUCAGGGUCACCAUGGUUUCUUCUCGCCCACCGCCGCCUACAUGAACGCCCUGGCCACUCGGGCUCUGCCACCAACUCCUCCUCUGAUGGCCGCUGAACACAUCAAGGAAACCGCAGCGGAGCACCUCUUCAAGAACGUCAAUUGGAUAAAGAGCGUAAGGGCCUUCACCGAACUGCCCAUGCCGGAUCAGCUACUGUUGCUGGAGGAGUCCUGGAAGGAGUUCUUCAUCCUGGCCAUGGCCCAGUACCUCAUGCCCAUGAACUUCGCCCAGCUGCUGUUUGUCUACGAAUCCGAGAAUGCCAAUCGUGACAUCAUGGGCAUGGUCACCCGUGAGGUGCACGCCUUCCAGGAUGUCUUGAACCAACUUUGCCACCUGAACAUCGACAGCACCGAGUACGAAUGCCUGAGGGCCAUCUCACUCUUCCGGAAGUCCCCACCUUCGGCCAGUUCUACCGAGGACUUGGCCAACAGUUCGAUACUGACUGGAAGUGGCAGCCCGAACUCCUCGGCUUCCGCUGAGUCCAAGGGUCUCCUGGAGUCCGGAAAGGUGGCGGCCAUGCACAAUGAUGCCAGGAGUGCCCUGCAUAACUACAUCCAGCGCACCCAUCCCGCCCAGCCCAUGCGCUUCCAAACCCUCUUGGGAGUGGUGCAGCUCAUGCACAAGGUCUCCAGCUUCACCAUCGAGGAGCUCUUCUUCCGGAAGACCAUCGGCGACAUCACCAUUGUGCGACUGAUCUCCGACAUGUACAGUCAGCGCAAGAUCUGAGAAGCAUAUAGAGUAGAUUAAACGCCGCACUCGAAGUGCCUUCCUAGUGCUGGGAACUGUGAUAAUCUCGGAAGAAGCGCUUUGGACAAUAUCGAAUCAGUGAACUCAACGCUUACACAUCUCCAGGAGUCGAGCCUUAAAAACAUGUCAAAAAACAAAACUCACCUCAUUACCUUACCGGAUUUCAAAGUAAUCUUAGCUAACGUCUCUUAGACCAUCCAGAUGUGUUUCAAAUUGCAUUCGCAAAAGUUUCAACUUUG